GCUGAGCGGUGUUUCACAGAAACUGGUAUAUUUACUGAUAUUACCGAAGUAACUUUUCCAAGUUUCAAUUAUUCAAGCAUGCAGCUAGUCUUAGUCAUCCAAGUAUGGUUUUGAAUAUGUUAAAAUACCACAACUUGUGCGCAGCCGUUGUUAUAAAAAUAAGUGUGCUCAUUUUUUCGUCCAGCAAUUUUGUCAAAAUAGCGAUGUCCGACAACUUAAGAUAUUCGGGAACAAAUACAUGUGCUGUGCUGCUAAAAGAGUCAAACUGCAUGUAUUAAAGAAUUUUUCCUUAUGAGUUUUGAUAACAUUUUACAUGAUUCCUCCACCUUUAAAAUGUAUAUUAUUGUCAAUUUCGUAGACCUUGACAGGAAAUUGAUUUUUACGUGGCUGAACUUAAUGUGUUGCAGUGUACUUUGACGAGGGUAAUUGUCAAUAGAUUUUUUUGUCACCAGCAUUUUAAUAAAGAAUAUUUGACCAUGUGUAUUUAGAAGUAUGUGGUAUGAAAAAUGUAAAAUCACUUCCAUGCAAUACAAGCAAUUGAUGCUCUUCACCGCAAAUGAAUACCGUAGCAGUUUUGUAUGCGAGAAUUAGAUGCACGCGUUGUGCUGUAGUUAACCUACGUUGCUGUAAAUUUGGUUAUACAUGUUCGUGUUGGCGUCGUACGAACUGUUGAGUUCUGUUCAUCCCGCACGGUAUACCGAUCUUUGGAAAAUACGAAUCAGUAGCACAAAAACUUCAUCAUUUUUUAUCAAAAAUGAGAUAUGUUUAAAAGAAGACGUUCCCUGGUAUGUUUUUCCAAUUUUACCUAUUCUAAGAUUUGCUAUAAACAAGAGUGAGUUCGAUUUACUGUGAUAUAUCAUGUAGAUUUCAGAAGUUCUAAUUAUCAAUUGUUAAAUUGAUUUUUUCCUUGUAUCAUUAAUUGAAUUAGGUAGCUGAAGACUAACAGAAUGAAUUUGAGUGACUAAGUGAUGUAUUUUGUUUAUUCAACAGUUGUGGAGUAUUUUGACAAAAUGAAUCAAAAUGUUACGUUUCAUUCCUGUCCCCGAACUCUUUCAUACGGAGCCUACAAGGCCUACUUAAAACAUAAGUUCUGUGAUCAAAAUAUUUUCCUUAAUAAAAAAAUUCUAAAAUCACGUUUACUCUUUCCAUGAUGUUGUUUGAAAUCUAAAUUUUGGAGAUGAUUCAAUAGCUCAGUGCAUGGAGGUAGAAUCACACCUCCAUGCUCAGUGUAAGCCCACCCCUGGUCAAAAGGUGGGAGGGUAUACCCCCAUUCCCCUGGGAUUUACGCCCAUGGUGAUUUGAACACUGUGGGCCCAUUUCCGUUUUAUGACAGGCACCUCGCAGUUAUAGGGCCGGUUUACACACACGAACAGUAGGCCUGUAAACUGAAGUGCAACGGGUUUUGACGGGCUAUUUACACUAAGCGAUAAACCGCUGUGCUUCAAAGAUACUGCGCUGAGAUAGAGCAUUCUUGCCAAACAGCGGAUCUUGUCAUGUACUAUGAAACGCACGAGUCGUGCCUUCUUCCCGUAGGACACUGUUAGCAUUGUAGAGAGUCAAGACAUGUAAUUAGCAAACCGAGCAGGUUUCCACCUUGUGCUAAAUAUAAAAUAUCUCGACGCAUAUCGAAUACUUUACUUCUCUUUACUGCUUGCCUAUAUAAAUAACCCCUUGGGCAUCCCUUUUAAAGGAGACAAUAAUCGACCCGAUUCAGAACUGAACCGCAUUCCAGACCAGUGGAAACGAACCACAUAGGUACGAAGUCCGUCCGGGCUUGUUCGUCCAUGCAUUAUGAAGUCUGGUUAUAUUAUCGUAAUUAAGGUUUUUGCAGGAGUUCAGCUUGCCCGAUUGGCUCUACCGUGGUUUUGAAGCAGGGAGAUUUGUACCCAAAAGCCGAUAAAAGACACCCAGCAACAUGAGCAGCAUGAAAACUGUUCGCUUCGAAGAACCCGAGCGGCCCAACCCCAUCCCUCAACAGGCCCUGCCUCCACUCCAGCAAAACCAAGUGAUCCCCCAUGCCUCUAGCCAACAGCAGCCAACGACUGGCAUGAUGCUUCUCUAUCCAGAAAACCUACAGCAGCAACAUCAGCAGCAGCAGUUCAUAGCUGUGCCACAACCUGUGGUCAGCGGUGCUCCGGUCCCCGGACAGCAGCUAUACGUCCAGCCCCACCCGUACCGGGACGGGGCGGUUCUCCUGGGCCAGGUCGCACCGGCGCCAAAGAACCGGCGGUACCGUGCCAAAGCCGCCCGUACCCUGGCCAUCCUGCAGAUUGUCCUGGCGACGUUGUCAGUCAUCCUCGGUAUCAUCACGAUCGUGGCGGGCAGCACCGGAUCUUGGCUGGGUUUGCCAAUAUGGAGUGCAUGUUUUUUCUAUCUGCCGGCUGGAAUACUUGGUGUGUUGACCGCCAAGCCGAUGAACAUGCAGAUAUGUUUGAUGAAUUCGUGCAUGGUCAUGUCGAUACUGUCGUCCUUACUGGCAACCUCAUGCAUGAUUUUCUCCAUCGCAGUUGCAACCGCAGAGCACACUUACUACGAAUAUAUAUACGUGGUCUAUAGUAAUCGUGUGGUCUAUUGGUCCCUGCUGGCUUUUGUCUCUCUUGGAGAAAUCAUUGUCUCCAUUACCCAGUCGGCCUACUGCUGCCAUGCCAGAUGUAACUGUUGCCGAAAUUCACCAUCUGGCCCUGUCAGGGUGCAGUAUGCACCUCAGGUUCAUUAUUUGGUGCCUCCAAACCAGAACACCCAGCCACAAAUGGCGAACCCAGUCCAGCAGCAACAGCAGAGGCAGGUCAUGAUGCAACAAGAGCAAAUACCACGCUACGGCUACGACGUGCAGAGUGCGGCACGAGUACAGAGCGUGGCUCCAGAUGGGCAGAAUGCCACGGAUAACGUCAGUGAUGAUGAGUAAAGGACUAUUAUAGUCACUUAAACGCUACCAGCCACAAUGGCUAUUAAUAAGAGGUGGAAGCAAGUCAUUUUUUGGAAGUCCAAGUCAUGUCACAAGUCAAAAACUGAUAGUUACAAGUCAAGUCACGAGUCACAAAAAUAACGACUCGAGUCCAAGCCAAGUGACUCAAUUCUCCUAUUCAUCGUCUUUUGCCUCUUGCCUUGAACUUUCGACAAAGAAGGUUAACUCUUCCAGUUCGACCAGGCGCAAUUCAGCUGUACUCGAACAACCCUAGGCGGUCUGGUUUUAAAGAAAUCUCAUCGUUAUUCACAUUACACCGUUGGCUGCAAUUCACGCAGCGUGGUGCUAUUGAAAAGGGCCCAUCAUAAAAUUAAUGAUUUUUCAUGUGAAUGGUUCUCUCCGUAGUGAUAAACGAAAUCUUCUAUUAAUAACCAGCGGUGCGAGCAUGACCCGGGGUCUGGAUCCAAGUGGUCGACUAGAUAGUCCAAACCACCCAUCUUUUUGGCGGUGUUCAUGUUUACUAGAACUGAACUUUCCCAAUGCGGCCGCAGAAGGCUGCUUGCGAAUAGACGUCCUGCAUGUGCUUCAGUCGCCAAACGCUAUUGGCGCCUUGCGUCUGAAUGCCGGUCAGAUACAUACACGUAGCCAUUUUGGUACUUACUUGGUUUUGUGUCAUAAAACAAAGACGGCUGGUGACACAUUGCAACAUGAGCUCUGUGCACAAGAAGAAAAUCCUACCUUCUCCUUGAUGAAACAGACAAGUUACUAUGUGAGACAGACACUGUAACCGCCGUCGCUGCCUGUGCGGGCACGGUGGUGGUCUACCAGUCUUAGUGAAAGCUUGUCAGAGUUCACUUCGGGAAUGCAAAUAGACAUUGCAACAUGUUGCUGCCUUACUGAUAACAGUUCACCCAAAUAUGGCAACUCCCCACCACCUUCAGUCUUGCGGUUUUGAGAACAUUUAAAUAGUAUACAGCCAAUGAGAAGAUUGAUCUAGCGUGCACGCUUCAAGUUUUUCAUCAAAAACCGUGCGAUAGUGAAUAGGGUUUAAUUAAGACAACGAAGAGAUGCUUGUCGCAGGAGAAAAAUACACCUAAAGAUACUUUGUAGUUGUGAAAAUAGCUUUUAAGACUAUAAAAAUGAAAACCACCACGAAUUACGGCUGAUAGUAAAACCUACUUCGUGUUUUCAAAACAACAAUAUUAAUUAGGAAUUGGUAGAUACUGUUAAAGGGUCAAGAUAUUUUUGACGUUAUGUAGGCCCUACUAUAAAAUAUCUUCAGUCUCUGACGACGAUGCAAAUUAGAGACCUCUUUUGGUGCAAAGCAAUCGUUUUGUUAUUACCAAAAAUGUAAAAAAUAGAGAAAGAGAAUGGUAUUUGUAUAUUUCAGUAUAGCUGUAGCCGAAUGCGUUAAACUGUAAUGGUUAAAUAUGGAUGACGCAUGUUAUAUUGUAAAUGUGGAAAAUAUCCCUUAACUGUGGGUUGUUCAGUUUUAGUACGUGUUGUGAAUAUACCUCAGCGCUAUAAAAGGCACUUUCACGUUAAAAGACAAA